GCCAAAUGUUUGGGCUUAAGGGGAGCCUAAGCGGGAAGUGGGCUGCUGCUGAGGCGCUUGCCAGUCCCUCUCGCCCCCUGGGAGAGAUGGAAGGUGUCUGUUUUUCUCCCAUACGAGUGAAGAAGCUGCGCUGACUGAGAGCAGUGUCCCUGAUGGCUCAGCAGUUUCAGGUGCUGAGGUGCUGCUUCUGCAACGUCUUCCAAGUCCAGCAGGUGAGGCCGCGGGGGAGCGGGACCUGCCGGCUGGAGCGCGCGGGCUAUUUGAACCCGAGCUCUGCCCUCCUCGGGCUCACAGAACCGCUGCGUUGUAGAAUUGGAAGGGACCCCCCAAGGGUCAUCUAGUCCCGUGCAGGACGCUAAAAGUUAAUUUGAAAGGUGGUCAAAAGACAUACGUAAGUUGAGGUCUUGCAAGCUGGCUUUGCCUUCAGGGCAAACUUGGGCAUUUCCAUCACUACAGUCAGUGCUUUUUUCUUCUUUAAAAAAAAAAACACGUCUAGGGGUACUCUCACUUUGACUCAAGAAAAUCACCAUUUUAUAGUUCAAAUCGGGAAAAAUAAAUACAAUAAAUGGACAAAAGUACAAAGAUUCGCAAUAUGUUUAGGGGUAUGCAUACCCCUGCAUCCCCCCCCCCCCAAAGCACUGACUACAGUUACACAAAGGUUGUUGCUACAGGUCUAAAAGUCUGAAAUGGACCAAAAUGUAUACCAAGGGGGAGGGGGGUGUUACCCUUUCUUAGAGACCAGUGGUCUUUUUUGAUGAAUUAAGUAAAUAUAGUACUAAAAACUAGCAUCUAUUGGGGUACUAUCAAAUCAUUGUGCAUCACUCGCUGGCUGCAGCAAGUGUUCCCAAACUGGUCAACAGGCCACCUGUGGUCCAUGAGCUUCAUUUAGGUGGUCUGUGGUGUCUCUGGAUUUGUGUUUGAAGAUGAGAAAUGGCACAUCCAUUUUAUAUCCUUGCAUUGAUUUUUAAUUGUAUUUAUUUUGCUUCUGUAUAUUGUAUUUUAUUGUAUUAUAAUUUGAAUUCUAUGGUGAUACAGUAACACAUGAAAUAGGAAAUAAAAGAAGCAAUAAAAAUACAAAUAAAAAUCAUACAGCAUUUAGCACAGCACAUUACCAAUUGCUGCAACAGGCAGAAACAUUAAUUGGCCUGCCAAUUUUCUAGAAUUUUCAAUUGGUCCACGUGGAAGAAAGCUUGGCAACCACUGGGCUAGAAACUCCUUUUUUUAUUAUUUGCCGUUCCAUGUACUUUGACUUGAACCAGCUGCAGCUAUUUAUUCUGCCACUGUGCCAUUCUGCAGUGCUCCUGCUCCCUGGUCAAAGCCUGAGUGGGGCAACUUUUCUUCUGUCAAAGGCCACAUUACCUUGGACAGAAUCUGCCAGGGGCCACAUGUUAGCAGUGGAUUAGGCAAAAAGAGACAGUAUUAUUCUGGAUGUGUUUUCCAGAAUAAAGAUAGUCUUGCUUCAGUUUUAACUGUGGCCAAAAUUAAGGAGGAAACAAGCAGGAAGGAACAAAUGCUGAUUGGAUGGAAGAAUGGAGCAGCUUUGGGAGGGACUCGGGGCUGCAUAAAAUGUAAUGAGUGCAAGGCAGUCAGAUGUGGCUUAUAGCAGACUGUAGCCUGCAUUGCACAUGCCCCAAUCUGUAGAAUGGUCACUGUUGCAUUUCGUCUUUAAAGAGUUGUGAUUCCUUCGGCCAUUAAAUCUAUGGAUUAUGAUUGAAUUAUGGCCAGGUGUUCUGUGAUUCCAUGAUUUUGCCACACAAAUGUGGUAUUUAGUACUUACUGGAUGGAAAAGUAAGCAUUCUUCUCGGUGAGAAUACAGUAAAUUAGGCAAGCUAAGCAAGUCAAUAACAAUUAACUUUGUUGACAUAAUUCAGGCAGGGUGAAGAGUUCAAAUGAUGGUGCACAAUUCUGAUAUAUGUUUUUUUUUUAUUAGGUAAUACAAAAGAAUACUAAGGGGGGAAAGGAACAGAAAACCUACAAUAAACAAUUCUGAUAUACGUAUAAGUGCACAGUACACACAAUACUCUGAUCAUAGACCUGUUCUUGAGCCCCUUAAAAUACAUACUUGGCUUUUAUUGAAAAUCGAUGAAUAGUUACAGAAACAUGCACAGUGGCAAAUGUUUCACCCAUGUCAUAUGAAUUGUGUGGGUUAUUAAAGAAUUAUAUCUGCAAUUCUGUCUUAGAUCAAAAAGAGCCAAAAAUGGAAUUGCAAAGUAUGUGAUGAAAAGCAGUCAAUUUUAAAGGUGAGUACCCACAGUUCCUUUAUUUAAGUCCUGCUGUUAAUGAACCGGCUUUUUAGUAGGUGGAUUCUUUUUCCUCAGAUUCUCAAACUGCAAUCCUACACAUACUUAACUGGGAACAAGUCUCAUUGGAUUCAGUGGGGCUUACUGCUGCGUGGACAUGAAUAGGAUUUUGUUGUAUUAGUAAUCUAUGUUACCCACAUUAAUCUCUUUUUUAAAAAAUCUCCUUAUCUUGCAAUAGGAAUCUGUUCACAUAAUCUGGUGUUAAAAAUAGGUUAAGCAGUGGAGUGUUUCUAUUUUUUCUGGUACCUCCUCAACUAGAAGAGAUUUUAAUAUGUCAUCAUGUUAAUGAUAAAAAAUGUGAUCCAAAUAUAGUACUAUAGGAGAGCUACUAUAAAACAUGUAUUAGAAUAAGGGAGUCAUAGUAAUUAUUCUGAUUAUAUAAACUAUGUGGAAGUUAAAGUAUACAAAGAAGAGUAUACUGCAUUCUUUGCUAAAGUGUGGAGUGAUAAGAUGUACAGUGCAAGUCUGUUAAAGCAAAAGGUUGUAUAUAUGUCAGAUUUACAAGCAGGAAGUACCCAUUAUUAAGUAAUGUCCCUGGAACUAGGGCCUCUCAGAUAUAGCUAUGAUGCUAUUUCCUUGCCUAUAUAACAUUAAAGAACUAUGAAAAUAAGUGUUAACAAAACUUUUGUUACUUUAGAUUUUUGGUCAGGGUUCUGGAUCUGAUUGCAGGCGCCAUGUACAAAAACUCAAUUUGCUACAAGGACAGGUAGAGCAGGAACCUACAGAAAUGCUUAGGUAUGGUAUUAACUGAUUAUUUGCUGUUUUGUGUUUGUAUACAUUUGCAUUAUAAUUUUCAUUCUAAAUUGCAUAUAAUGGGCAGUAUCGAACAAAGUCAUACUCGGAGUAGACCCAUUGGAAUUAGUGGACUUAAGGUUACUUAAGUCCAUUGAUUUCAGUGGGUAUCUUCUGAGUACAUCUAUCACCCAAUGGAUUUUAAUUAGAGUGUUGUUUAUGCUAUACUUUUAUACUGUUUUAUUGUUGUUAGCCGCCCUGAGCCCAGCUUUGGCUGGGGAGGGCGGGAUAUAAAUAAAAUUUAUUAUUAUUAUUAUUAUUGUAUAUAGCCAAAGGUCUUUACAACGAAAGAUAGAAAAUAAAAGGAAAACUUUCCUCUAAAAUUGUAAAACGUAGCCUGCAACAAUUUACAACAUAAAAGAAAUUUACAACAUUAAAUUUUAAAAUUGGAGUGCGUUCACAUAGCUGGAACUGUGCAAAUUUGGUUACCGCUUGUGUAAUAUAUGCAGUCAUACCUCGGGUUAAAGACGCUUCAGGUUAAAUCUUCCUGCAGCGACCCGGAAGUAACGGAACGGGUUACUUCCAGGUUUCGCUGCUCGCACAUGUGCAGACGCUCCAAAUGACAUCAUGCGCAGAAGCGGUGAAUCGGGGCACGCGCAGGCACGGGUUGUGUUCUGUUCAGGUUGAAAAUGGGGCUCCAGAACGGAUCCCGUUCUCAACCAGAGGUACCACUGUAGAUGUUUAUCCGCUAGGAGUUCAACUGUCAUUUCUGUGCAGAUUGACCAGGAAGCCAAUUAAGAAUUGGAGAUAUAAAUUUUCUUCAGGGUGUUGUAUACAAGGGGGAAAUCAGCAGAUAGUGUGUGAUAUCUUCUACCUCUAUACUUAACCUGGCAGGGGAGACACCUUGAUCUUGUGGGUGAGAGAGAGACCUGAUGCUUUGCAGUUUGUGCUCACAUUUCAGUACAUAUGAACUCUAAAACACACACAUUUAUAUAGUGAUAUAACAUUAAGUGCAUUGAUUAUUUUCAGAUCUAAAGAAGAACCAAUAAAGAGAGAUGGUGAGAACACAAUAGUUAAACUGGAAGAGAAUUCGGGCAGGCAGGUAAACCCCUUUGUAUUAAAUAAAGUGUAUCUUCAAAGCCAAAAUUGAAGGACAACCAGUCACAAGCCCUUAAAAUGCAAAUCAAGGAAAGGAGAUGAGUUUAGCUGACUCCCCCCCCCCCCGAUACUCUCAAGAUUUAUUUUUGUGUAAAUGUUUAUAACAGUAAUUUAUCCAUUUGUUUAGUUAAGUAAGGACCCAUUUCUCCAUGUGACAUUGGGCAACCUUUGUUUUUACUGCAUAUUAACAGGAUUGUGUAAAGGUCAUGGUUCAUCAGAACACAGAAAAAUGUGUGGAACACAGUUCUUCUAGAUUGGGUACAGAAUUAAGCUCUCUGAGCAUACAAACUUUCAUUUUAAAUAGUUAUGAGGAUGGGCUUGAAUAAACACAGACAGAUCCUAUUGAAAUCUUAGAAGCCUGGGGUACUAAUUAGAAACCAUCUAGGGUCCUGCAUAUCUCUUGUCCUUCCCCAUGACAAGCAAAACCAGAACAAAUGCAUCUGAGUUUGCAUAAUUCACCAAAUUCAGCUUUUCUUGGUACUUGAGAUGGCUGGACAGUAGUAGCAUCAGUGGUAUUAAUAAAAAUAAUCAUUAUCCGGUUUCUUGCUGUGAUUAAAACAGAUCAAGAAAGCAACAGAGCAUUUAGUCUGAGAUGGAUAGUGAGUUAGGACUCUCGAUAAGACAUUCUGUAAUUUUUGUAGGAGGAAAAGGUAAAGUUGGUCAGCCGCUGGACUAAAUAUCUUGAUGGAAGAUGUGAAGAGCAAGUGAAGGAAGAUGAGGAGGAGAUAAUGGUGCAUACAGAAAAACAGAGCUACUCUUCCAAGAACACACUAAGGUGGAUAUGUAGUAGUUUCUUAUUUUUUGCAUAGUAAGUAAUGGUGCCUUGUUUGAACAUGCCAGAAUACUAUAACUGAAUCACAAGGUUCAUCUAAGAGGUACUUGCUUUUUUUCUCUGUGAUGCUGUGUGAAUUCAUUGGACCACUUUUAAUUUUGUUGCACCUGCUAGGAAGGGUCAGAAGACCAGCUUACACGAUUCCCAGGGGUCUAGAAAAAGGAGAGCUUCUGGAUUUGCAAAGGAUGUCCUACAUUUUGAGGUAUCGCUCUUUUUCCAAGAUAGCAAAUACUUAAUGUUUUAUAGUAUUACAGGACCCUCUUUUAAAUGUCAUAAAAGUUUCACUCGUGUUGUAUUCCCUGCAUUGUUGCUGAAAUGGGUAGAACUCAAAUCUGCCUAACUACCAUGGCUCUUCUCAAAGCAGCCUACCAAAUGAGUAGAGCUUACUGAGCACUUUCAGUAUAAUCAAAGCCUCACUGAAAGCACAAGGUGGUGUUUGUACAUAUCCUAACCAACUCUUUUACCUGACAAAUCAACUUUACAGUAUUCGUAGCCAGUGAAUUGGCUUUUUACUUAUUGUGCAGUGGGCCUGUUAUUACAGCCAUUCUAUGCGGCCCUACUCUAAUUUUUCCCCCACCAUGUAAGUAGUGUACAUCUGUACAGGAUGCAAUGUUAACCUUGCUAUGGAAGAUCUGGAUUGUCAAUGAGUAUCAACUUAAAGAAUGCAUGAAAAGCCUGCAGGAUCAGCCUGUGGCCUAAGUCCAGCAUCCUGUUCUCACAAUUUAAUAUCAUCAACAAACUUGGCCACCUCACUGCUCACUCCUAACUCUAGAUCCCUUAUGAACCAGUUAAAAAGCACAGGUCCCAAUACCAAUCCUUGAAGGACUCUGCUUUCUGCAUCUGUCCAUUCAGAGAACUGUCUGUUGAUUCCUAUUCUCUACUUCCUGCUACUCAGCCAAUUAUUGAUCCACAAGACAGCCUCUCAACGCUUUACCAUUAAGCUUACUCAGGAGUCUUUGGUGAGGUACUUUGUCAAAAGUGUUUUAAAAGCCCAAGUACAUUAUAUCAACCAGAUCACUUCUAUAUGCUUGGUGAAACUCUCAAAUAACUCUUUAUAGGUUUGUAAAACUGGACUUGCCCUUGCAGAAACCAAUGCUGGUUCUGCUUCAGCAAGGCUUCUUAGCAAGCUGUGCAGUUGCUUUCUGAAUCUGAGGAGAAUGUUCUGUCUUAAUAACAGAACCACCACCUGUGGUGCAUGUUACUUUCCUGCAGAUAGGUCGACUACUUACUUACCCACCUUAGAACAGACCAACCCAUGCAGUCUAGCCGAGUGUGCAACAGAGCAUCAGAUAAAGAGUAACUUUACUUAUUUGCAAUCUGGCAUUUCCAAUUAUUUCAGUCUCCUGCUUUUUAUCAUAGAACAGAAAAGAUUCAGCCAUAGUAGCUAAAAAUACCUGUGGAGAUUAUACAUCUGGAAAUGUGAUUCCUGCUGUCAAAGAGCAUCUGGUGUGCCAGAAGAAUAAAGAUUCAGAGUCAAGAGCUGCUGGACUUUCAAAGUGGGAGAAAUUCCUUUUAUCUGGUAAGAGUUGUAAUAGCGGCAAUGAAACUGCCAUGAUGCAAGAGAGGCAGGGAACGCUAGUCCAAACGUUUGCUGCAGGGACAAGUGCUGAAAGGCCAGCAACCUUCAGCCCCUGUAAUUGGCAUCAUGCAUCCAUUCCACUAGCUGGAGUGCAAAAGUUCUCCAACACUGAACAUGUUCCCAUAGCUGACAUACCUGUGGGAAGAGGGAAACACUUUCCUCCUUUGACUAAUGUUCAUCUUCAAGAAAAACUGCUUAAUAGACUGCCUGAACAGCAAUCUGCCUCUUUUUUAAAUACUCUUAUUAGUGUCUCAGAUUCAAAGAAUCUGCAUAGAAACCUCUUUUCUACAGGAGAUGACUUUGAUGAUGAUAUUUAAAUGCUCUUUUUUCUUCCCAACACUUUUUUAUCAUUAUUAGUCAUUAUUAGAGAUGACUUAGAAGAAUAAACUGUAGCCUGACCUAAGUCACAGAGCUAUGUUGUAUAUAUAAUCAAGGAGAUUGUACUCAAAUACUUUGUCAAUAUCUUUGGCAUGUAGGGCUUCUAUGAUGUUGUUCAUCAUUUGUGGUGAAAAAUGUGGUGUCGGGACAAGACUUUAAAACUAGCAAAGCAGUAUUCAUUGUAUACUAUGUAUAGGCAGAAAUUUCUAAAAAGGCGUUUUUCUGCAUUCAAGUACGAAAUUGGGCCUAGCUUUGUUUUCUCUUGCAU